UAAAGCUGAAGGAGUGCGGCGUGUUUGACUGCCUAAACAAAGUGGCUAAAGUUAGCAGCUCGGCUAACGCUAACUCUUGCAACGCUGUGGCCUCCUAAGUGCAGGCUGACUCUGACACUGCUUCGUCAUCAUCAUCGAGUCACGGUAAGAGUAUGAAUCGUUAAGUAUGUAGUCAUUAACUCAGGAGGAUAUAUUAUCAAUUUUAGCACCGCUGAUAUAUAUGUUACGUUAAUCCCGUAGGUGGUAUCAACGAAGCAGCAGCCAUCACCGCUGGUUUGCUGAUGCAGACAACCCCAUUCACAAUCGCCAAGCGACGUCAAAUGAAGAUGUCUGCAGAAAAAACUGAGGAAUGCCACAGGGCCGUUACCAAGUUUAUUGUGAAGGAUCUACAGCCCUUCGCUACAGUCCAAUCCAAGUGGUUUAGGGAGAUGACCAGAACCCUCAACCCAGGUUACACCCCCCCUUCCAGGCAAGUGUUAUCAGGCGCCCUCCUACCAGCUUGGUAUGGAGUUGAGAAGAAAAAUCUAAUAGCUGAGCUUGUUAAUGUGACAAAAGUGGCCAUAACCAGUGAUGGGUGGACAAGUAUCACACAGGAUCAUUAUGUCACUGUCACACUCCACUAUGUGAAUGAGGGCCAGCUAAUGCACAAAGUACUAUCAACCCAGGCAGUGUAUGAGUCACAGAGUGGUCCAGUUGUAGCUGAAGAGAUAGGAGACGUGCUUGCUUGCUUGCGUGUGUUUGGUGUUAGAGCAAAAGUCGUAGCCAUGACAGUAGAUAAUGCAGCCAACAUGGACGUUGCCGCACGAGAGCUCCAAAUCAGAAAACUUGGCUGCUGUGCGCACACUCUCAACUUCAGUGCACAAAAGGUCUACACUGUCCAAACUGUCGCCAAGUGGUCUGCGAGAAUCCGGGACUGCGUUGUGUGGAUCAAGAGAUCUUCCAUUGUGAAGAACGUGAUUGAGGAGAAGCAGAGACUUCUGGGCAUGCCUGUCUAUACUGCUGUCCUGGAUGUGAGGACCCGCUGGAACUCGCUGUAUCUCAUGGUGGAAAGAUUUAUUGAGAUAUACCCAGCCAUACAAGCUGCCCUCUUGGACCCACGAGCCAAAAAGCUGAUGAAGAGAGACAGGAUGAUUAUCUGAUCGCAUUCCUGGAAGAGGCCACCACCAUGGACCCAUGAUGACAUGUCGAUGACUGAAGCUGACUUCCAGGGAGAUGGAGAAGAGGAUGAUGAAGAGGAG